AUGAAUGCACAGCUGUUCAGCAAUACAACUUCAAGCAGAUCAUCGACGGCCGCACCACUAUCGACCUCUAGUAUAGCCACCGCUGCGGCUUUGCAAUCGUCGACAACGAGCGCGACCCUGUCAACGUACGGUACAUCGAUCACUGACUUUCCUGGCGCAACCGGUCUAUGCUGCAUGUUGUACCCUAUUGGCGUUGGCGUCAAUACGUGGUACGAGAAAGAUGUCUCGGUGAUUACUGCUACAGUGCACAGCACAUUUCUAGACUAUAAUGGCACGCGCACACUCAACGGUACUUCGACCGAGCUGGCCAAAGGCUUUGAUGCAUCGGCUUACUUCUCGACCUACCCUGUCCUCUUCGAAUUUGGCAACGUUACUAGAGUCUCCGGUAUCCCCAACAAUCUGCUCCCAACACAGGCCAACCUUUGCGGGAUAACUUCUGUGCAGACAGCGACUGAGGUCACCUUCACUGCACAAAAUUUGACGAUAACAUCGCCAACCCCGUUUUGGUAUUAUCCUGGUGGCUUUAUGCAGACAGGGUAUUCUUCGUCCGGCUCGUGCUAUACUCAUAGCACUGACGGUACUCUCCUCUGGAGUACGACGGUGAAUGGAACGUACUAUUCGAGCAGCUACAUUCCUACAUCCACCGCCAUUGUCACGAAGGCUUUCAACCCCGGAGGCGGUAGUACUGAGGACAUCACCCUUGACUAUGCCAUCUCGUUCAAAGGCAACGUCACCGAGUACAUGGAAGGAGUCGUAUAUGCAGGCAUCGGUCAGAUCGAGUUUGACGGCUUCGCAGACUGGCCAGGACAAGAGUGGGCGAAAGAUCCGUUGAUUGUGGCGCAAUUUGCGAGUAUAGGGUACUGCAGCGAUGCUGGUGGAUUGGGAGAACCGACUGUUCAUGUCGCAGUCAAUGCUCUGACAACUGAUACGACAAGCGUUAUCACUAUGACGGAUACUCCCGCUCCUGCAUCGCCAAUAACUACGAGUGUGGUAACGAGCUUGCCGGUCGCCUUGCCACAAAGCACCGGUGCUUCUGUUCAGACAAGCCAAUCGUCUAGUAGCGUGGCCGCGCCUUCCUCGAGCUCUUCAACUCAGAUCCGAAAUUCUGCUGCUACUGAAACGUCAGUAGCUCUACCAUCGAGUUCCGCCCAGCAGCAAUCCAGUGCCCACACGAGCGCGAGUAGCAGUCCCAAUCCCACUGCUUCUACACAAUCUACUCAGACUGGUGUCCAAGUCUCAAAUCUGGUAUCCGUCAUACAAUCGAUCGCUGCAAGUAGUGUUCCGGCUGCUGGUGCGCUGGCAGGCUCUAGCCCGAUUGCGGCAGCCUCGAGUCAAACCAACCAGGCUACACAGACAGCUGGUGGCGCCACUACGCCUGCAGCUCCAAUCGGUAACUUGAUCUCUGCUGUACAACAAGCAGCGUCAUCGGAAGCUACGACUAUUUCGACUGGAGUAGGCAACUUCAUUGCCAGUGAGCUUGGUCUCAGCCAGGCCAAUGCGCAGUCAAGCGUACUUGCCACUACCCAGGCUGUGAUCAUUGUAGGCUCAUCUGCCAUCACAGCCAACAGUGCCUCGGCCUUUGUCAUUGCCACGCAGGUGGUUCAGCUGUCACCUCAGGUCCGGCAGUCAUCUAUACAAACCACGCAGCAUACUGCGGCUGUUGAGACUCUUACGGCCAGCGGCCAGUCUAUCGCAUUCACGCCAAGCAGUGGAGCACUAGUCUUAGACUCUACGACCGUGCAAGCAGGUUCCGUUGCGACCAUCAGUGGGCAGCAGAUCUCCGUGGCCUCUAAUGGGGUAGUGGUCGUCUAUUACUUGCCGCAAACAACUAUCACCCUUGUUGGCUCGCCCGUCCCAGACAAGGUAUUUACUGGUGUGAUGACAGCUAGCGGACAUUCAAUCGCCUUCUCACAGAGCAAUGGAGCAUUGGCCUUAGGCUCCGCUACUGUGGCACCAGGUUCUGCUGCAGCAGUCAGUGGACAGAUAAUCUCUUUGGCGUCCAACGGGAUCGUGAAUGUAAAUGGCUCUCCACAAGCCACCAUAGUGUCAUCCGGCCCAGCUUCACCUAGUGGAGCCACUGGGGUGAUCACGGCAGGCAGCCAAAUUAUCGCGUACAGUCAGUCCGGACCGAGUAUUAUCGUGGUGGGCUCCCAGACCAUCUCGCGUGGCUCGGCGACCCUCACAAAUGGCCAGACCGUGUCUCUCGCGCCAAAUGGUGUUAUAAAUGUCAAUGGUUCACCUGCGGCGACAGCCUCUGUCACAGGCGUCUCGAACACACAGCAUAUUGGUGUCCUCACGGUUGGCAGUCAGACUAUUGGAUACACCUUUUCCGGAUCUGAAGCAGUCGUUGGCUCGCAGACGCUUUCGCCGGACAGUACUAUCGUGGUUGGUGGUGAAACACUCACGCUUGGUCCACAAAACUCACAGAUCUUGGUCAUCUCAGACAGUAAGACUGUGAGCACGCUCGGUAUUGCUGGCAUAUCUAGCGCGAUCGCUACCAGUCAUCCACCGGGGUCGACGGCCUCGAUGUCGGCAGCGAGUGCACCGGCUGCAUCUUCGACCUUGAGGUCUGCCGCGGUUUCGACUCGACCGUAUUGCUUUGGCGCUGUCUUACCUGGUGUCGUCAUCGCUAUGCUGAUCUGCAUAUUGUUGUAG